UGGGACCUACAUAUGUUUGCUCCGACUUUCAGGCUUCGUCAAGCGCUGCCCGUCAGCGUCGCCGAGUUCCGCGAGUCGCUGGCCGCAAUAUGGCUGCCGCGUCUCGGCGUCCAGCGCCCCCGCCUGGGCCUUGCUGUCAGUGGCGGCGCUGAUUCAAUGGCGCUCGCGACUCUCUGUGCCGACCUAUCAGAAGAGCUUGGCGAAGAAGAAGAUGAGACGGACAUCUUCACGGCCUUUAUUGUUGACCAUCAGCUCCGCAAGGGAAGCACCGACGAAGCCAGAACCGUGCAAGAAAACCUGCUCAACUUGGGCAUUGAUGCCGAGAUCCUGCAGAUGCAAUGGCCGCGGGAAAUAAACACUCAAAGCCUGACUAACUUGGAAACGCAAGCUCGUAAGUUGAGAUUCCGAUUGCUAGGACGCGCGUGUCGUGAUCAUGGCAUUGAGUCGUUGCUGGUGGCGCAUCACAGCGAUGAUCAGGCCGAGACGGUCAUGAUGCGUCUCAUUGAAGGCUACAGAGGCAUGGGCUUGCGCGGCAUGAAGCCCAGAAAUGAAAUCCCCGAAUGUUUUGGUGUUCAUGGUGUGCAUCAGAGCCACGCUGAGUGGCUCACGAACGAGAACCCGCUUCACCCCGAGGAGCAACAUGCUGUGGCCAUUGAGCGAUUAGGCAUUCAAGUCUUACGCCCAUUGUUACCCUUCAAUAAAGAGAGGCUCACCGCGACUUGCCUGGCAUCAGGCACUCGGUGGGUUGAGGACGAAACCAACAAAGACCCUACCUUGACCGCUCGGAACGCUCUUCGGCAUAUCUUCCACAACCACCGUGUGCCGACUGCUAUCAGCAAACCCGCGUUGUUACAGCUUGCGCAGCGGGUUACUGACAAAGUCCACCGCCGGGAGGCAGAAGUCAAUGAUCUCUUGAGUAAGCUUGACGGAGUGCUUGAUAUUCGCUCUGGAGAGCUUGCCAUCCGCUACCCUCGGGUAUUUUGGCCUCCAGCUGAGCGGCAAUCCCCUUUCAAGCCAGAAUCUCCCUUUAAAAGGGACUUUUUUAAUGAAGAAGAGGGCAAAAUCAUCGCAGCAAUGCUCUUGCGUCGUCUGACAAACCUCGUAACGCCGAGAGAGACUCUCGAUCUCUCGCAACUCAAGACAGCAGUUCGUUACCUGUUCCCUAGACUAUAUAUUGACGACGACACGCUCGAUCCGACGGAGGAAACACCGCACUCUUUCACAGCUGGUGGUGCGCUUUUCGAGCUCCUACAAGCUCCGGGCGAUUACUUUCCUUACUACACCUGGAAUCUCAGCAGGGCGCCGUAUCCAAGAGAUGAGUUUCCGACGCUGCGUGUGCCUCCCUUGCCUGGUUUCCGCGACGAAGAUGACAUCGGCUUCGAACAAUCUCAUCCGAACACCGAACAGCCGUUUGAACUCUUCGAUGGCCGCUUCUGGCUCCGUGUCUAUAACCCCUCGAACCGGCACCUUAUCAUCCGCCCUUUCCGGCCCACGGAUCUGAAACCUUUCCGCAAUUCGCUCGAAGGUCUCAUGAAGGAGCGCUUCGAGGCGUUGCGCGUUGAUUCGGCCAAGAGUAAGGCUCGCUUCACGCUGCCAGCCAUCGCUGCCCCGAAUGACGACGGAAGCGACUACGUCAUCGCCAUGCCAACCUUCGGCGUGAAAAUCAAUAGUGGAGAGGCGGCGAGCGAAUGGGAAGACUUGAAGUGGAACGUGCGUUACAAGAAGAUGGACAUGAGCUGUCUGGUAAGAGACAGCUGGGAAGACUAUCCGGAGGCGAUCAGACGCAGGGAGGAAGAAGAAAUGGAGAAAGAGCGCGAGCGGGCGUGGGAAGCGGCAGAUGAAGACAUUCCUUUUGUUGAUAUGGAGGUGGGUGAAGGACAUAAUCAACGCUAAGAACAUGGAAAUCGCCAGUCGCCAUGCGCAAGCAGGAAGGCGCAACAAAGUGC